UUUAUUGAUUUUCACCUUGGAUUUGUAUUGAAAAUAUAAUGAAUUUUAGUGUAUGAUCAGCAAUUCAGUACGAAGAUGGACUCAGACACAUGUGAGAGGAUCAUAUCUAAGUUGCAUAACCUUGUCUCCCUCAACACAAACCUUGGGGACUUUGACAUAGUUUACGCAUCUGGGGAAGAUAAUGUGUCUCCAGUGGCGUGCGUGGAGGGUAACAUAUCCAUAGCAUCGUGGUGCGUGAAGCAUGUAUAUGCCCACGCUUACCACAGCUCCCUGAGAUGCAAGCAAAAGCUCUGGAGUUACGAUGAAUGUGAAAGUCUGACGCGGUGGACCCAGUUUUGCCUGCUAAUUCGUCCCGAGGUGACGACUUUCUGGAACCUGAGACGCGCGUUGAUCAAGAAGGGACUCGUGUCGGGGGACCAGGAGUUGCUGCUAACAAAACUCAUCCUGUCACGCAAGCCUAAAUGCAUAGAAGCUUUUUACGAGCGUCAGUGGCUGUACACUAAAGUGCUUGCCACGUCAGGCCAUGAGUGGAUUCGGCAGGAAAUCGACUUGUGUACAUGGGCGACAUCGCGCCAUCAGAACAACUACCAUGCCUGGAACCAUCGUUUGUGGUUACUUAACAAACUUCUACUUCACGAAGACCGGAAUGAUCUGUUAAAAUCUGAGUUUGAAAGCGUCAUGGAAUGGGCAGAAGUGCACGUCAGUGAACAUAGUUGCAUGCAUUAUGUUAAUCAACUCGUCGAGCGAAUGGCUCUCAGUUCUAAAGAAGGCUUGUGUUCUUUAGAAAGAGUUCCUCCGUAUGUGUCAAGCGUUGCGCAACUUUAUGAAGCCAUGCUUUCUUGGAACCAGAACCUAAUAGUUCAAUAUCCUGGUCAUGAAACUUUGUUUUAUGCUCGCAAAUCUCUGGUGUUGAAGUUCCAACGAGACUGCGUAGAUACCGCAACUCCUGUCACCGCUCGCGAACACUUGGUCGAAGAAUGCUUGGUUAGUGGCAACGAAAUCGGAACUCAAAGUGCAACAAAAGACGAAACAAACUCGUGGUGUUGUGACCAACCUGCGUUCAAAAGGACGUGCGUUGAGAAUGUGUCUGGCGACUGGGCGAGUUUAGUGAUGAAGGAGCGUAAGUUUGCCGAGGCCUGUGUCACGGCCGCCACGUCUGAUUUCGAGAAAAGCGUGGCACAGGCCUAUGUGCGAACGGUCGGCCGCUUCUCUGUUUAAUUGCAGUCGUAUUUAUUCAGAGAAUAUUUUUGUUAUCAUUUAUAGACCGUAACAAUAUUGUGAAAUGCGGUUCGUAUGAACGCUAUUUAUGUAAGCGAAUUGAAUUUUUAUUUGAAUGUACAAUAUAGUUUAUGCAUCAACUAUAGCGGGGACUUCGGAGAAUAGCAGUGUCAGAGAAAUACGAGGGCUUCCCGUACACUUCUUCUGGAGACGGAAACUGACACUACGACGCUACAUAUAAUUUUUCAUGUUUUUUUCCUGUAAAACGUAGAAAAAAAUUAAUUGAAAUACAUCGCUGGUUGCGUUGACAUGUCGAAUCUUGGAUUCGACUUCCUUAUUUGGAUUUGAUUAUUUGCUGAAAGAUCGGCAAAUCUAUUAUUUAUCUCUCAUGGUUUCCGCACUUCCUGUGACUAUGCUGACAAAAUUAAACACUAACCUUAUGCAGUUUCAUAUUUUACAAAAGCUAGUUUCCGUUUGAGGUUUUCGGGACGAGUGGGCAAGUGUGUUAUCUUGGUAAAAACCACCAGCGAUGCACAUUCGAUUUGUUAACAGUUCGUGUAAUUAUCUAUCUGCUUCUAUCUAAGGUUCUUUUAUUUUCAAUAUUCUUCUAAAUGCGUAGCAGUGUCGUAUUUUUUUUUACAUUCAAAUUCGCAAGAUCUGAUUAGUCCCAAGUUGGGCCAUUGUCUCCUAUUGUAUUGACCACGAAUUAGAGAGUUCUCGCAGAAUUUAUGUAUGAUUUAGUUACUCGCUGUUUUAAACUUACAAAAAUACUGUGCUAAUAAAUAUUCCUAUCUAUAUUUUGCAGCGCAGGGUAGAGAACUGUAUUCGUUGCUGGUUACUAAGUAUUUUAUUGAAGAAUGUAGAUCUUGUUUGUAAAAUAAUUGUGUUGGUUAAAUCGUUAAUAGUUCCCUAUUUUUUUCGCCUUUUAAACAAAUUAUUAAUGUGUACUGAAAUAUCGUUGUUAUUGCCUCCUCCCUGCUGACUAUCCAUUAGUAACCAACCAUUUGCCACCAACAUCGAUGACCGAACUUAACAUUUUCACUCAAGGAGUGAAUGCGUCUAUGCCUUAUGACGUGCGUCUAUAUUUCUCAGCAGUCCUUCUCAGGAACAAUU